UUUGCUUUUACUUGGUUUUUGACUUGUUAUAUGCUUUUUGUAGGUUAGAAAAUAUGUGGAAAAAUGUGUAUUUAUAUAAAUCAUUUAUUUUAUUCAGCUAGCAAUUUGUAGAAUAUAGCUAGCUUAAACAAUUCUACAGAUAAUUUAUCCGUUUUAAUUCCUACAAUAUUUAUGUCAUACAUUUCAAGUAUCAGAAAUGAUGCAAGCCCUCGGCCUAACAUGGAAGCGAAUAGCAACUAAAGUUGGCCCUGAACCUAUGGGAUGCUUCAAGAGGCUGCACAACUUGUUGUUCAGCAAUAAAUACCUUUUGUAUACAAAUGUUUCCAUUUCAGUUAGCUUAUCGGCCCUGGGCGAUUGUAUAGAACAGAAAUAUGAACUGUAUACGGGACAACAAGCCAAUUAUGACUACAAACGCACCAUACAUAUGGGGUUUUCUGGAGCUGCUGUUGGUGUACUAUGUCAUAAUUGGUACAAAGUCCUAGACAGAUUCAUAGUAGGCAAAACAACAUCAAUGGUUGUCAAAAAGUUGGUAUUAGACCAACUUAUAUUCUCACCAGUUAUGAUUAUGACAUUUUUUGGAAGUCUUGCUCUAUUUGAAGAAAAUCCAUUGGAGAAUUUCAGAGAUGAAGUGACAGACAAAUUUGUGACUCUGUAUAGAGCAGAAUGGAUGGUCUGGCCGCCAGCUCAGAUCAUCAAUUUUUACUUUUUGCCUACAAAAUACAGAGUUCUGUAUGACAAUUUUAUAUCUUUAGGUUACGAUGUUUACACAUCACAAGUAAAACAUAAUAAGUCUUCAACUAGUCCUGAUGGUGACAGGUAGAUCGAUGGCCAAAUGAAUUUGCGUAUCAAAUAUUUUAGACGUUCGUGGGCUCUUGUCCAAAAUUUUAACAUGAGCUCUGUAGAUAGAAAUAAUGGCUUAAUAAAUAUACCUAAGCAAUAAUCUUGAUUCGCUAGAGACUGGUUUCAUUACAUUAAUGUGAUUAUGAUGAAAAAUAUCUUUUGCAGUCAUUGAGAAAAAUCUGAUUUAUUUUAUUGUAAUUGUUUCGAUUUACUUAUGAUCAUUAAUCACCUAUAGGUUUAUGUCUGUUACCGCGCACAUAACGUGUGAUUUAAAUACGUAUCAUGUCUAUGGCUAUUCCUAGGAUUAGUAAACAGUGCUGUGAUAAUGUAUGUAAGUACAUAAUUUAUGAUUAUACCUACAUAGUAAUUUUAUCGUGUUGCAAAUGAAAAGUCCAUUUUUUCAAUUUUACAAAAAGAAUAAAUGUUAUUGCAAUGUU